UGCAUCCAUUGAACAAAUAGUUCCGGGGUGAAAAGCGAUGCAACACCGUUGAUGGCUACUGUCAUCUUCUGAAAGCUGUCAGAAGCUUAUUACUAUAAUGGCUUGCUGCAGCCAAGAAGACACAUUUGUUAGCGCACUUGUGAAAUAUCUGCUGUUCUUCUUCAACUUUGGAUGCUGGUUGUUUGGUGGUGUGCUGAUUGGAAUUGGUGUUUGGGCCUUCAUCGAGAAAAAUCGUUUUUAUCACAAAGAGGUGCAGACAGUGUAUGACAUCAUAUUUGACCUUUCUGUCAUCUUCUUUAUCAUCGGGUUCAUCAUUUUCAUCCUGGGAUAUGCUGGUUGUAUUGGAGCUCUUAGAGAAAAUAUUUGUCUUCUCAAAUUUUAUUACAUAACGAUGAUCAUCAUAUUCCUACUGCUGGUUGUGGGAGCUGUAUUAGCAUUUGUGUUCAGAGACAAAGUUAAACAAAUUCUGGUUGAUGUCCUCCAACAAAAUCUUAUAACGCGUUACCAAGAUGACCCAGAUGGACAGAGCACCAUCGACUGGAUACAGGAAAAGUUAUACUGCUGUGGUGUGAAUGGUUACCAGGACUGGAAUAGUAACCAAUACUUCAACUGUACUGAGGACAAUCCCAGCCCUCUACGCUGCAGUGUGCCCUACUCCUGUUGUAGAGACCCUGAUGUGCUCACGCCUGGUGUGCCUAAUAUACUGUGUGGAAAAGAUGUGUUAGAAGAGUCUGGAGACAUCUCUAUCAUCUACACCAUUGGAUGUGUGGAUGCGGGAAUACGUCUGGCCGAGAAAGAACUCCCAGUCAUGGGGGGUAUCGUCAUUGGACUGGCAGUUCCUCAGUUAUUUGGGAUUUGCCUUUCACGGCUACUUGAGGGUCAGGUGAUGGACCAGAGAGCCAGAUGGGCACAGGCACACCAUGGACAUCAUCAGUAGUUCAUACAAUGUGAACACAUUUGAAAGCUCAUACACUAUGAACACCAUCAACAUUACACAAUGGAUACACCAUGGAUAUCAUCAAUAGUUCUUUCUAAUGAAACUCAUCAGUAAUACACAAACACCGUCAAUGUAUCCAGGAUACUCAAGAUACUCCAGGGGUUACUUUCACUUUCCCUCUCUGCACCCCUUUAAUAUGUCAUGGCAAAACCGAAGGCUCGGUCAUCACUGUCAUGAGGAUAAAACGAAAAAGGGCUAGUUUGAUCCUUUAAUAUACAUCAAAUUUAUCUCAAGGUCGCCAUAUUGUUACAAAAAAUAUGGUUGCUAUGGUAACUGGUCACUUUAAACAGGUUUCAAAGAGCUAUAACUCCUCAGUCGUACGGCUGAUUCUAUUCCUCUUUGGUCAAAUGUUGUAAGUAAACAAAGCAUAUAAUUUGACAUAUUACUUGUUUCCAAAACUAUCACAAUGGCAACACAAUCCUGUCCUGAUGAUGUUGUCCACUUUUGAUCAAAUUUUGUAUAUAGCGGUAUAAGGAUAUGCUGAACAACACUAUUAAGGUUUUGUUGGCAUGACAACCAUGCUAAGUUAAGUGGUGGCCUCUGAUUUGUUGUAAUUUAGAAAUUGUCCAAUUUUGACCCACUUUGGAGGAGCCAUCAGAUAGCAGAUCUACUUAAAAAUUAAUGACAUUUAACAUGGCUGUUGCUGCUCUGAAAUCUUAGAAGGCCAAGCAUUAUUUGUGUGAUUGGUCAGAUUUAAACAAUCAAUUUUAACAUAUUCCAGGAGUGCAAAGAGCGAAAGUGAACUUAAACUGUGGAGUAUCAAUUGUACGGAAAAGACUCCACUGAUUCAAUAGUUCAAAAAAAUGUAAGACUUAUAGUCAUAACAUAUCAGGCCAUCAGUUGUUAAUUUGAGACUCACCUUUAAAUAUGAUGCCAUCUGACUCGCCAAGAUAUCACCAGUAGUCUUCAACAGACAAAACAUACCAUAACAUAAUUCAAACAGUUUCUGUUGUUAACCACAUGUGGUCAUCAAUAUGUCUCGUGGAAAACCCGUCUACAGCCUGCAGUGAUCACAUUCUGGAAGUAUGAUAUUUUUUUUCAAAAGCCUUAUACAUGUAAUCAAAUUUAUUGUGUAGUUACCACAUUUGUAUGUAUUAAGACAAAAAUUGUGCUAUGUUUAAGCAUCAAUUUUUAAUUUUAGGUCUCUAAAACUGAUUUUCAAAUCUAUGAAUGUAAUGAAAUAUUUGUUGAUUGCAGUAUUUUGCAUGAUUUGACUUUAUCAUGAUACAGCUUAUGAUAUCUUGUUAACUCAAUGAGAACAGGUGAGUUGGUAACACUUGCACUAUAUGUAACAUGUCUAUAAUGAAGGCUGAUAAUACUGAACCUGAUGUACAAUGAAAUAGAAGUGAUCCAGAUGUACUUUCUCCACGAAAAAUGGAUGUUUUUAUUUUGGUUUGUUCCACCAUCCUUGUGUCAUCAAGCCAAAAUGGUCUUUUUGAAUUGAUAUCUACAAUUUCAAAAAUUGACUUGAUUAUGGUACUUUCAUGUAGGGCCCUAAAUAAGCCAAAAUGUAACCACAUCAAACUAUCACGAUUAAGAGUAUAUUAAAAAUCUUUUGAUAGGUUUAAUUUUCAUAUAUAUAGAGGAAAAUAAUAUAAGCAUUUACGUAGAAUAGUUAUAUGCAUGAAAACUGGGCAUAUUGAAACUAUAAUCUAUGGAAAUGAAAUUAUCAAGGUACAGUAAUCAUAUUUGCCAAGCAAAAGUUUAGAUUAAUAAAUAAAAAAAAAAAAUACCUAGACAUUUAAAAAAUAAUCAAACAAAAAAUGGAAAAAUUGUUCUUAUGAUCAUUACUAUUGACUUGAUAAACUGAAAUUCCUUUGUAUUGUGUAACCAAUGUUUAUCAGAUGUGGCAACUACAUUGUAUGUUCAGUAUGUGUACGUAAAUAUUAAGUAUUUGGAUAGUUGACUGGAGUUUUAAGUAUGUCGGUAUUUUAUUUUCAUGAAAGAGGUAAAUAAUUAUUUCAUAUAUUGGCAUACUCAUUGGUCCAAAAAUCUUUUCAGUUGUUAUGCAGUGUCUUCCAAAUUAGAAUCUCUGUUGACAGUUUAAAUAACUUUUUUUUUCUCGUAUAUUUCACUUUUUUUCAUUUAUUUUAAGACAUUUGUUGCUUGUUUUAUAGAAUUAUGCAUUGAAGUAGAUCACAAAUUAGUGUUCCAAAAUUGAUAAACCUCUGCUGUUACAUUUUGUAUUCACCAUAAUUAUAUACAAUUGCAUUCCAUUAUGCUUAUACUGUUGUAUAUUUUUUGCUUUACACAAGGAUAUUUAUUUAAUUUUUUUUUUGUUAUCUGUUAUACUCCCAUGAAAAUACUUUGUAUAGUUAGUUAAACAAAAGUAAUGAUAUAUAGUCAAGAAUGUAAGAAAUUAAGUAUCAAAAGCAUUCCAGUUUUUCCAUCAUUGUGAAAGUUUUUGUUGUCAUAUUUAUACAGAUUUUUAUACAUGUUUAUAACAUCAUUUCAUUUCUAAGUCACAUUAAAUGUGACCUAUUAUGGUCAGGUUUUGUAUUUAACUGAUGCAGAUUGUACGGCUAUAUCAGCUUUUUAUUAUAUAUAUAGCUCACCUGGCCGGAAGGGCCGGUGAGCUUCUGCCAUGGCACAGAAAACCCUACUAGUCCUGAAUGGAUUUUGAUGAAAAUUGGUCUGGAACAUUAUUUGGAGAACUAAUGUUAUAUAAAUAGAAGGUGUGGCUCCCUUACGGCUGGAAGGACGAGGCCCAAUAGGGGAAAUUGAGGUAAAUCCUGUAAAUAACUACUUAUCCUGAAUGCCUGAAUGGAUUGUAAUGAAAUUUGGUUUGGAGCAUUAUUGGGCAAAGGAGAUGUAAUGUUAUAUAAAUGGAAGGAGUGACUGACUUGGUGCCGAAUAGGCCUGAACGCCUGAAUGGGUUUUGAUGAAGUUUGUUCUAGAGCAUUAUUGGGCAAAGGGAAACUUAUGUUGUGUAAACGGAAGGUGUGGCUCUCUUUGGGCGGAGGGGCGGAGGGGCGGGGGCAAAUAGAGAAAGUUGAGGUAAAUCCUUUAAAUACCUACAUGUCCUGAGCAUUAUUGGAUAAAUAAAAUCUAAUAUUGUAUGAAUGGAUUAUGAACCAUUGUAGGAAAAUAUUAGAAAUAUAAUUUAAAUUAGAGUAUUUUACCCCAUUUACUGAAAUAUCAAGGUGAGCGAUGCAGGCCCUCUGGGCCUCUUGUAUAUUUUAAUUUCAUUGUUUACAACUGCAUCGGCAUCAGCCAAUCAGGAGUACGGUUUUAGUCGUUUCCUGUGGAUGAUUUUAUGUUGAGGAUUUUCCCCAUUUACAUGUAGGAGCACUCGUGAAAGUGAACUAGUUGCAUAUAAGGAUACACAUUAAUCAAUGAUGCUGAUGAAAUUUCAUAUUGGAAUUGAAAUCAAGCAUUCACAGAUUUUCAUUUGUUUAGUGAUGUUGGAAAUAACGUUGUUUUCGGAAUGUCAAUAUUGCAAACAAUACAGUAAGUUAAUAUUAACGUACACAUUUUAGCGGUAUUUUUAUUUUAGCGAUUUUGAUGCCCGCUGUAUCCCACUGCAUUUUAUAGAAGACUUCCGACUGAAAGUGGGCCCCUGAAGAAUCGAGGAUUUUCUUCCCUGUCUUCUUUUUGGGGGACAUUAACCCUAACCCUAUUGACAAAAAUAGAUCUGCUUCCUCCAUGCUUGGAACCUUUCUUUUCUUUCCCCACUGCUCUAUCUUUAUGUGCGUUGUUUUCCUUUCUCUAGGUGUCUCCUUGACACCCGUCCUCGUUUGUCUAGUUUUAUUAUUGCUGUUAACAAUUCCAUGAUUUUUUAAUCUUCACGAGCUUCCUAUUUAUUAUGUCUGAGACUAAGAUAUUGUUCUCUGGCUAUUUGAGGACUCGAAUCCCCAAAAAUAAAAGUAAACAGCGAUUUCGCACUUAAAGUUUUCCGCUAACUAACGAUGACGCUAAUGUAGUUUCCUACAUCGUUUUCUAUGGCAAGUAUUAUUGCUGGUGCGCCAAUUAGGUUUUGCAAUAAAAUUGGGGUACCUCCAAAUAAGCACGUUUACAGUAGUCUGAUUAAUGUUGAGGCAAUUACAUUCCCACUAAUUAAUGUUUAUAUCAGCUCGUAUGGGAUACAGUUGAAUUUACAUUAAUAUCCAAUUCAUAGACGAGUUCUCUUUACGAGGUGACUCGCUAAACUGAAGGGAAAAAAAAUUUCUAAAUCAUGUAUGAAAUAGAAAAUAUGUUAAUAUAUGUGCAAAAUAGGGCUUAAUUUUGUUGAAUGUUCAAAUCAAUCUAAUUAAAAACUAGAUGGCCAUUCUCUCUACGUUACAUGAACAUGAUUAUGUAAUGUAGUGGGAAGGAGCAUCUAUAUUUUAAUUAGAUUGAUGUUCAGAUUUGUUACGUAUAGAACACUAAUAUAUUUAGAGGUUUUAUUGUCUAGUUAUGAAAUUAUUGUUAUCGAUACUAUGUAAGUUAUUAACAAUGAAACUAUUUUAGCAUUAGUCAAAGAUAAAAAUCGUUGAAUAUUUGUGAUGUUUUUAACAGUUGUAAUGAUGUCGAGUUUCAUCUUCAGGUUUUUCCUAUUUAUUAAGCGCAAUGUCUGACACUUAAAUAUCGUUUAUUGUGCUAGUUGAACAGUAAAAAUAUGUUGAUUGUUCAGAGACAACAACCUAACUUAAUCUUAAUUGAAUACCUUUUUAUGUAGUCUUUAAGAGCGAUUAAAACUGAUCAUGAGUAUUAUACCUAUAAUAUGGACCCGUUGUUCUAAAGGUGAUGGGCUUGAUAACUAGGUAAGUGAAAAUUUCAUUUCUUCUUGACCUUAAAACCUGAGUGUUUGUAUUCCUUAUAAAAGGCGGGUAAGAAGACUAGAUUUAGACAUUUUCUAAAAAGUUUAUUCUACCAGAAUUGAUUUCAUCAGGAUUUUAAAAUGUUGUUAAGCUGUGAUUAGCCUAAUCACCUUUUGAAUAACUGGACCCUGAUCUCUUUAGUGCCAGUUACACAGAGGAGUUUUAGUUCAAUCUUUAAUUUUUAGUGACUUUUAUCAUAUAUUCGUUUUAUGCUCUAGUCUAGUGAUAGUUAAGAAGUGCAAUUCAGUUGAAUUUUCCAGUUUUAUCUUUUGACAUUUAUCAGAUAUUUGUUUUAGGUCUAGUCUCUUAAGGGCCAGGUACACCUUGACAUUUAAGUGAAUUUUUGCAUUUAGUUAUUGACAUUUACAAUAUACAAGAUGUAUUCAUUUAUGGUCUAGUUUGUUUAGAACCAUUUAUUUAUUUUGCGUUAUUAUCACAUAAUCGUUUCAGGUCUAGUCUUUUUAGUGCCAAUUACACCAACGACUUUUAGUUAUUUUUAUCAAGGGUUUAAAGUCCAUAGUUCUAGUAAGCAGCUAAAAGUUAGUUCUGCUAUAAAGAUUGUUACAGACUUUACCACUAACAUAAUACAGGCUCUUUUAAAUAAUGUACUAAAUGUAAUUAUUGAACUGAUAUAAUAUUUUGUGGCUCUUGCAGCCAGUGCCUACGGCAUGGCUGCUAUACAUUGAUGUAUGUGUAAACAUAUGCGACUGUUAAACGGUUAACAUAUCAUACGUUUAAUAUGCAUUUGUAUUUGAUUAUUAGAAAAUUUGUCUCUAACUUUUACUGUAUUUUAAACUGUGCUACAUACGGCGUAUUAAGAUAUUCAGUGGCCACUGUUGAAACGGGAGAUGAAAGAUUAUGGUCGUGGAUUAAGACAUGAGUUUGUUGUGAUUUCUCAUUUAAUAUUUUCGCUGAGGGAAUAUGUUAAGCAACGUAUUGCAAAUUCCAAUUAAGUGUUUAUCUCUGACAGAUUUAUGUUGCGGUUUAUCGCUUCAUAUUAUCGUUAAGAGGAUAUUUUCAAGCAACAUAAAAAUGUAUUACAAAUUCAAGACAUCGUUUGAGAUUGGUUACGGGUGCUGUGAAUUUCUGGACAGUUUACAAUUGUAUAUCGGAAUAGGUCAUGUUUUCCAUAAAAGUCAACAAUUUAAGAAAUCAAUAGUAUUUGUGCAUACCUCCAAUUUUGUUAUUCAAUAUUAUUCAAUAUUAACUAUUGCUUUAAAUAGCGUUUGCGAACACAUAUUAUGUAGCUAUGAAUACAAUUUUCAGGGACUGCAAUUCCAUCGUCUUUACUUACCCACCGAUUUCAUUCUCAUGCAAUACUCAAUGCAAUACUCGACUAUAUUUGACAGAACCAACGAUUGUUUAGUUAUACACUAUACCAACUCUCGUCUCCCUUUUUAUAUCAAUGCAUGUUUUGUGUACCCAUAUAUCUCUUCAUACCCACCAGACUAUAUAAUUUGAUGCGAUUAUCAAUUUUGUCGUUCAAAUUUGUUUGAUAUAAUCUUAAUAUUUGAUAUAAAAAUCACGUAGUUUUUUAAUGGUUUCCAUUUUCACGAUUUUCGAUGUUUUAAAGAUCACACAAAAAGCUACAGUGAAAAUACAUUUUUAAAGUAUCGUCCUUUCCAUAACGAUUAAAUUUUUUUUUUGGUUAAAACCGUGAAAUUUUGAAACGACGAAAACAACUUUUACAGUAAACUACUGUUAAAAGUAUUUGUUUUCCUCUCUUCUGUUUUAAAUACAUUUUGUGUAAGUACAUUAUAUACACAGGUGAACAUUUUAGACUGAAUUGAUGAUCAGCAUUUUAAUUGAACUACAUGUAUAAUUAAUCGGUUGUAAUAAUGAUUUGCUAAACUGUGUGUUAAAAGGACUUAAACAUUAUGUUAUAAUGACGUCACCUUUAUGCUUAAAGGAUGCGUAAAAUUUAUUUUGAAAUUGGUCUGAAUAUCAAGGUCUUGCUGAAAAUGAUAUUGCUUUGUAACUAUUACAUAACAUUGCAUCAGAUGGUACUACUUAAUGCCACGAGAAAACUCAUCGAAAUUGAGAUGAGAUGUUCUGAAAGUUUAGCUUAUAUGAAUCCAAAAAUAGAUUACGCCAUAUUAAGUGAUACAGGAAGUCAAGUCACCAUCAUUCUCGGUACCUAGCUAUAAAACUGUUAAUUCCGUAAGCAAUAUCACGGUUUAAUGAGUUCAGCUGGUCGUCUGACGCAUAAUAAUGAAUAUCUAGACUUUAUAUAGAUUGCAGAAUUUCUCAGGAAAAUUAGCCAUAGGUAAAUAUUUUAUAUAUGUUAUGCUUGUGGUGGUCUUUCCUUACAGUAUUGUACAAAAGCAAACAAUAUAUUAAAAAUUUGCUGUAACGUCGGCUGUAAGUGAUUACUGAAUUUUUAGGUCACCUGAGACGAAGUCUCCAGUGACCUAUUGUAAUCGCCUUUUGUCCGGCGUUGUGCGUCCGUAAACAAUUUUCAUUUUCAGCCUUUUCUCCAAAACCACUGAACCAAAUGAAAU